GCGAAAGUACAGAUGCCUCAGAGGAGUGACAAGAAGUGUAUCAGCAUCCUCGAUGACAGGAGCCUGACAAGUCAGCACCCGGGGAUAAAAGCCAAAUAAGAGUUUUUAAAGCGCAGGGCCUGCAGAGAGAGAGAAGCCGCUGCAGGGUCACUGAGCAGCAGAGAGCUGUCACAUCUGUGGGUUACUUUUUAACAAGUUUAUUUCCUUUCUAAACCACGUGGACAAGCCAUCAGAGUUCAUGUGUGACAUAUACAGCCUGGACUCUCACUGCGUGUCUCCACAAUGCAACAUGAGUUGGGCGAUGGAGCCUGCUAACUUCUACGAGAGCGCCAAGCUGGGCGGCCCGCAGCAGGGGGUCUGCAAGCCGGGCAGCAGGGGAGACGGAGCGGGCGAGGACGGCACCAUGGUGGAGCUGAGCACCGCCCCUGCCAUGUACGACGACGAGAGUGCCAUCGACUUCAGCCAGUACAUCGAGUCGAUGACAGCCGUGCCGAAUCUGGAGCUGUGCAACGACGAGCUCUUCCUCGACCUGUUCAACACCGUGAAGCAGGAGAAGGUGGAUCUCUACAACAUGCAGAACUCCGUCCUGCCCGGCGGCAUGCACCAGCUGUCAACCACAUACACAGCGGAGAGGAAGGCGGACAGCGGGCUGGAGAAGGGGGCGUUCAGCGCGCCCAUCAAGCAGGAGUCCGACUGGAGUGACAGCGACAUGUCCUCAUCCCUGCCCUCCCAGAUCGAGACCUGCGCCCAGACCUCUGUGAGCCUCCCCACGGGGCAGCCGACUCCCCCGACGACCCCAGAGCCAGUCUCCGCGGUCAGCUCGGCUAAAUCCUCCCCGAGGAAGAUCGGGAGGGAGAAGGGGAAGAAGUCGGUGGACAGGUUCAGCGUGGAGUACAGACAGAGGCGAGAGAGGAAUAACAUUGCAGUGAGGAAAAGCAGGGACAAAGCCAAGAGGCGCAACUUGGAGAUGCAGCAGAAGCUGAUCGAACUGAGCGCCGAGAACGACAGACUUCACAAAACUAUCGAGCAGCUAACCAGAGAGCUCACCGGCCUCAGAGAUUUCUUCAAGCAGAUACCCAACUCCUCCUUUGCGGCUCUCUCCACGAGUGCGGAGAGCCGGUGACACAUUAACUCUUCUAUGAACUGAGCUUUUAGGACACAUACCUCAAGAGACAUUUUGUUUGUUUGUUUGUUUGUUUGUUUUACCAUCUGUACCAGAUGUAUUUUAAGCUUACCAUAAUGGCACUGGAAAUAUAUGACGUUGUUGCUGCCAUAUUUUUUGUGGGAUUUCUCUGUAUUAAAUUAUUUUACCACUGCAUUUAUAUGAUGUUAUACCUGAUAUGGUACAUGUUUUAUAAUUCCAAACUUUGUAUAAGAGCCAGAGCAUGAUGUUUUAUAUAAUUUGUAUGAAACCUCGAAAAACUUUUUUUUGUUUUUUUUUUUUGUUUAUGGAAUCUACAAUAAAAUCACUGAAAAGGUGCAGAA